CCCAUCGAUGCCACCUGUCAGUGCCCAUCAAUGCUACCUGCCAGUGCUCAUCAGUGCCACCUAUCAGUGCCAGUCAGUGCCACCUAUCAGUGCCAGUCAGUGCUGCCUAACAGUGCCAGUCAAUGCCACCUAAAAGUGCCAGUCAGUGCCACCUAUUAGUGCCAGUCAGUGCUGACUAUCAGUGCCACCUAUCAGUGCCGCUUCAGUGCCUCCUCAUCAGUGCCCAUCAGUGCCACCUAUCAGUGACCAUCAGUGCAG